AUGGACGAAGACUUAACUGACGUUCCUGCCAAAUGUGUCUCCACAACAGAACCGUUGGAAAUCAAAGCACGAGUGACGUACAUCGACUACGAGGGUCGCUCUGAUGGCAACUCAAUCAAAAAGAUUAUUAACCAGAUGAAGCCCCGCCAGCUGGUUAUUUUACAUGGACCGCCGGAUGCCAGACGAAACCUGGCUGAGGCGUGCAGAGCAUUUGGAGGCAAAGACAUUAAAGUGUACAUCCCAAAACUACAUGAAACAGUGAAUGCCACAAGUGAGACUCACAUAUACCAGGUUCGACUGAAGGACUCUUUAGUCAGCUCUCUUAAGUUUUGCAAAGCCAUGGACACUGAAUUAGCGUGGAUUGAUGGAGUUCUGGACAUGUGGGUGUCUAAGGUGGACACAGGUGUCAUCCUGGAGGAGGGAGAGUUGAAGGAUGACAGAGAGGACUCAGUAAUGCAAGUGAACCCUCCUGGAUCAGAUGCCAAUAUCCUUGCUCAGCAGAAAGUGAUAAAGAGCCUCUUUGGCGAUGAUGACAAAGACUUCACAGAGGAAACUAAGAUCAUCCUGACUCUUGAGCCAUUACCAAGUAAUGAGGUUCCAGGACAUCAGUCUGUCUUUAUGAAUGAACCACGGCUUUCUGAUUUUAAGCAAGUUCUCCUGCGGGAGGGGAUACAGGCUGAGUUUGUUGGUGGCAUGCUUAUCUAUAACAAUAUGGUGGCUGUUCGGAGGACUUAA